GUGGUGGUGAGGGGAAACACCGCACUCCUGGACAGCGAUGACGCAACAGCAGCGUCACCGUUGGGUGACGCAAUCGCCGUGACGUCGACGCCUCCGCGCGCGUGCAGAGCAGGCAAGCCCGACCGUAAAGAAGACGGCCGGUGUGUGCGGCUGGAGAUGGAGGUGGAGGAGAGACUUAUCGCGGCCGUGUCGGACUAUCCCGAGCUGUACAACUCGACGCUGAGCUCCUACAAGGACCCGGAGAGGAAGGCGCACGCGUGGCGCGCGGUGAGCCUGCAGGUGGAGUUACCAGAGGAAGACUGCAGGAAGAAGUGGAAAAGCCUGAGAGAUGUGUUCAUCAAGGACAAAAGGUCUGAGCAGAGGAGGAGGGCUUCAGGUGGCACUCACCGCAGCUGGAAGUACCGCCGCCAAAUGGCCUUCCUCACACCCUUCAUCCAGUCAAGGUCUUCAUCUUCAGGUCUUGCUGCACAGGACCUGGAGGAUGACGGCUCUCAAGCAGGCGAGGUGCCAGGAGGAGGAUGGAGGUCUGGACGGCACUGAGGAUGAGAUGUUCCUCAUGAGUCUUCUUCCUCAUUUGAAAAGGUUGCCAUAUGAAAAAAAAUGUGCUGUCAAACUGAAAUUCCACCAGCUUCUGUAUGAAGCCGAGUUCCUUUAGUUUUAUACCUAUUAAAGCUUUAUUUUUGUAUUGUACGUGAUGGAAGGUUUUUCUAAGUACAGUACAGUAUAAUAAUGUGGCCUGUUGAUGAAUUAUAGAUGGCUGAUUCAGUACCUUGGAAGGCUAUGCUUGUGGACCGUUGACAAGCAAGGGUUUGCCACACUUGUGCGUUUCUGUAAGGUUGACCGUAAGGCAGUAGUGCUUUUCAAAGAGGGAUCGAACAUUGGUGGAUAAAUGGCGCUGUUGGAUUAUUAAAUAAACAUGAUGGGUGACUGUAUGACAGGUUGUGCGGGACAUCAGUUCCCGCUGAGUUGGUCAUGAUUGCUUUUUGCUUUUCGACCGUGUCUUACCUUUACUAAACUCCGACACGUUGAGUCCUGUAGAGGACAUCUGAGCACCAGGUUUCUGUAAACCUCAUUUGAAAGACGUUUAAUAAGCAUAUGGUUCACACAUGAAAAAUCUGCAAAAGCAUUGCAGUUUAUAAAAAUGUAAAAUGAAUACUCCUGUUACAUGUCAACAUAGUUGACUUGGUUAAAUAUUUCAUAGACGGUAUUAAGGAGUGCUUUUACUCCUCUUUUAAGGGGUGGAAGGAGUUGUAUUUUAUGCUCUUUUUUCUAUAGACAUUUCAGUAACUAUGUAACAAGUUUUCAGUCUUAUUUAGGCUGUAAUUUUGCAGCUUCCUUGACUGAUCAGAGUGUUAUUGUACAAAUGCAUCAGUAAUGUAAAAUAGUAAUUUAGUUACAGUAUAGUAACUUUAGGAACCUUUCUUGCAUAUUUGUUGUUUCUAAUAAAUACGAAUG